AAAAAAAGGGGGGAGAGGAUUGAAAGAGCCAAGCCGGUCUCCCCACCAAGCCGGGUUUGAUUUGGUUCAGUCCAGCUGCAGCAGCUGGGAGGGGAAAGGGGAAGAAAGAGCUCCCUAUUAUCCUACUAUCACUCCCAGGCAAAAUAUAUUUAUAUUACAGUGAUAUGUAAUAGCUUCAGGGUGUCACCGAGCUGGAAACCUCCUCGCUUGCUUUCUGAGAUGAUUUUACGCAUCCAAGAAAGCGGGGAUUGAAAGGAGAAGGGAAGAAGGAGAAAGAAGGCGCCAAGCCAAUCACCCAGCAGCACCUCUCUCUCUUUCCCUCCUCUCUCUCUUUCUCUCUAUCCUCCCCUCCUUUGCCAACCCAACUCCCUCCUCCUCCUCCUUUCCUUCCCUCCUCCAAGCAAAUCAACCCCUCGGUUCCUCUUUGACAUGCAACCCGCUUUCGGUUGGGACAAACCGGCAUGCCGCUGCAGCUUUAAACGGCAUUGGGGGAAAUUGGGGAUUUUUGCUCUCAUGACGGUGGAGGUGAGCUAUUGGAGCCGGAUUCUGCUGCUGUCGGUGGGGGUUUUGGCAUCCACAGCCGCCGCCCAGAACUGCAGUUACGUUUUGCAAGGUCCAAACGGGACGAUACAGAGCCCAGGAUUCCCGUACGGCUAUCCAAAUUAUGCAAACUGUACAUGGACAAUCACCACCAACGAGCAGAACCGAGUGCAGCUUGUAUUCCAGUCCUUUGCCCUCGAAGAAGAUUUCGACGUGUUGUCCGUUUACGACGGGUUGCCCCAGCAGGAGAAUCUAAGAACCAGGUUAACGGGUUUCCAGCUGCCUCCUCCCAUUGUGAGCACUGGAGUGGUGCUGUCGUUGUGGCUUGUCAGCGACUAUGCCGUCAGUGCGCAAGGAUUUCAGGCAAGCUACGAAGUUCUUCCAAGCCACACGUGUGGAAAUCCAGGAAGGCUCCAAAAUGGGAUCCAGCAAGGGACGACCUUCAGCAUCGGGGACAAAGUGCGCUACAGUUGCAACCCGGGUUUUUUCCUGGAGGGACAUGCGCUGCUCACUUGCCACGCCAGCUCCGAAAACACCGCCUCCUGGGACUUCCCUCUGCCCUUCUGUCGAGCUGACGAUGCCUGUGGAGGGACGCUCCGGGGGCAGAGUGGGAUCAUCUCAACCCCCCAUUACCCUUUGGAGUACAGCAACAAUGCCGACUGCACAUGGACCAUUCUAGCAGAGCCUGGAGAUACCAUUGCUCUGGUGUUCCUGGAUUUCCAACUGGAGGAUGAAUAUGACUUCUUAGAGGUCACCGGAACAGAGGGGUCCUCCUUAUGGUUUACAGGAACUAACCUUCCCGCCCCUGUCAUCAGCAGCAAAAACUGGCUUCGUCUUCACUUUAUGUCCGAUGGCAACCACAGGCAAAAGGGCUUCAGUGCACAAUACCAAGUUAAAAAACAAAUGGAAAUCAAGUCUCGAGGAGUGAAACUGAUGCCAAGUAAGGACACGAACCAGAAGACAUCUGUGUUAACGCAGGUUGGUGUGUCCCAGGGACAUAACAUGUGUCCGGACCCUGGGAUUCCAGAUCGAGGCAAACGGAUAGGCAACGAUUUCAGGCUAGGAUCCAGUGUCCAGUUCACCUGCAACGAAGGCUACGAUUUGCAGGGCUCCAAGAGCAUCACCUGCAAGAAGCUGAGCGGUAUGAUUGCAGCCUGGAGCGACCAGAGACCCGUCUGUAGAGCUAGGAUGUGUGAUAUCUACCUUCGAGGCCCCAGCGGUGUCAUUACAUCUCCCAACUACCCCGUCCAGUAUGAUAACAAUGCCUACUGUGUGUGGGUGAUAACAGCCGUCAACCCAGCCAAGGUCAUCAAGCUCAGCUUUGAAGAAUUUGACUUGGAAAGAGGCUAUGACACACUCACCGUGGGAGAUGGAGGUCAGGUCGGAGACCAGAAAACUGUGCUCUAUGUUUUAACAGGUACAACAGUCCCUGAUCUGAUUGUCAGCACCCAGCAUCAGAUGUGGCUUCUGUUCCAGACAGACAGUGUGAGGAACUUACUGGGAUUCAAAGCAAACUAUGAAGAGAUCGACCAAGGCGGCUGCGGAGACCCGGGAGUGCCAGCCUACGGCCGGAGAGAAGGCUCCACUUUUCGCCACGGGGACUCGCUGACGUUUGAAUGCCAGCCCGCAUUUGAACUGAAAGGACAGAAAACAAUCACUUGCCAAAAGAGUAGCCAGUGGUCCUCUCUGAAACCAGUCUGUGUUUUUUCCUGCUUCUUCAACUUCACCACCCCGUCUGGGAUCGUCCUCUCCCCAAACUACCCCGAGGAAUAUGGGAGCAGCCUCCACUGCGUCUGGUUGAUCAUCGCAAAGCCCGAAAGCCGCAUCCACUUGGCCUUCAACGAUUUCGACGUGGAGCCUCAGUUUGACUUCUUGGCCGUCAAAGACGGUGGAACGGCCGAAUCGCCCGUCUUGGGAACAUUUUCUGGCAGCCAACUCCCAUCUUCUCUGACCAGCAGCGGACAUGUCGCCAGGCUGGAAUUCCAGACGGAUCAUUCCACCGAGAAACGAGGCUUCAAUAUUACCUUUACCACCUUCCGACACAAUGAAUGCCCCGAUCCAGGCGUGCCAGUCAACGGGAAGAGAUUUGGGGACAGUCUUCAGCUUGGUAGCUCCGUGUCCUUCUUGUGCGAUGAAGGUUUCAUCAGGACACAUGGCUCGGAAACGGUCACCUGUGUCUUGAAAGAAGGCAACGUGGUCUGGGACAACGCUGUUCUGAGAUGUGAAGCUCCAUGUGGUGGCCAUCUGACCUCUCCGAGUGGAAUGAUUCUGUCUCCGGGUUGGCCGGGAUUCUACAAGGACUCUCUGAAUUGUGCCUGGGUCAUCGAAGCUCAGCCAGGAUACCCAAUCAAAAUUACUUUUGACAGAUUUAAAACAGAGGUGAAUUAUGACACACUGGAAGUGCGCGAUGGCAAGUCCUAUUCAUCGCCAUUGAUCGGGGUCUAUGAUGGGACUCAGGUGCCCCAAUUCCUCAUUAGCACCAGCAAUUUCCUCUACCUCCUCUUCACCACCGACAAGAGCCACUCGGAUGUCGGCUUUCAGAUCCGCUAUGAAACGGUAAAACUCCAGUCGGACCACUGUUUGGACCCAGGGAUACCGGUCAAUGGCCUACGGCAUGGGGAUGAUUUUUACGUCGGUGCUUUGGUGACCUUUGGCUGUGACCCAGGAUACACCUUGAGUGACAGUGAAGCCCUGGAGUGUGAACCCAACUUUCAAUGGAGCAGGCCCCUUCCCAGCUGUGAGGCGCUCUGCGGAGGCUACAUUCGUGGAUCCAGUGGUACUGUGCUCUCACCCGGCUUUCCCGAUUUCUACCCCAACAAUUUAAACUGCACUUGGAUCAUUGAAGCUUCUCACGGCAAAGGUGUCUUCUUCACCUUCCACACCUUCCACCUGGAGAGCGGCCACGACUACCUGUUGAUCACCGAGAACGGCAGCUUCAGCCAACCCCUGAAACAACUCACCGGUUCCCGCUUGCCGGCCCCGUUCAGCGCCGGCCUCUACGGGAACUUCUCUGCUCAAAUCCGCUUCAUUUCCGACUUCUCCAUUUCGUACGAGGGCUUCAACAUCACCUUUACAGAGUAUGACCUAGAGCCUUGCGAAGAGCCUGAAGUGCCCACCUACAGCAUCCGCAAGGGCCUCCAGUUUGGCGUGGGAGACGUCCUGACCUUCUCCUGUUUCCCCGGGUAUCGUCUGGAAGGCGUCUCGCGCAUCACCUGCCUGGGAGGGAGACGGCGUGUGUGGAGUUCGCCUCUGCCAAGGUGUGUUGCUGAAUGUGGCUCUUCCGUCACCGGGACGCAAGGAGUCCUCCUGUCGCCAAACUAUCCACUCAACUACAACAACAACCACGAAUGUAUCUACUCCAUCCAGACGCAGCCGGGAAAAGGAAUCCAGCUCAAAGCCAGGGCUUUCAACCUGGAGGCCGGGGAUGUCCUCAAGAUUUACGAUGGCAACAAUAACUCAGCCCGUCUCCUGGGCUCCUUCAGCCGAAGAGAGAUGCUGGGCAUCAGCGUCAACAGCACCUCCAGCACCAUGUGGCUUGACUUCAUCACGGAUGGAAACAACACCAGCCAAGGCUUUGAACUGCAGUUUUCUAGUUUCGAGUUGAUCAAGUGCGAAGACCCUGGCGUCCCUGAGUUUGGCUACAAAGUCCACGAUGAGGGACACUUUGCGGGAAGCUCCGUUUCCUUUAACUGUGACCCUGGUUAUACGCUGAGAGGAAGCCGAGUCCUCGCCUGCUUAACCGGGGAGCGUCGGGCCUGGGAUCAACCUCUGCCCAUCUGCGUAGCUGAAUGUGGAGGCAGUAUCAAAGGCGAAACCUCAGGAAGGAUCCUGUCUCCUGGGUAUCCCACACCCUAUGACCACAACCUCAAUUGUGUCUGGACAGUAGAAGCAGAGCCAGGUUGCACCAUUGGGCUCCAUUUCAUGGUUUUCCACACAGAAGAAUUCCAUGACGUUCUGCGGAUCUGGGAUGGGUCAGUCGAGAAGGGAAUUCUCCUGAAGGAAAUGAGCGGUUCCGUCUUGCCCAGCGACAUCCACAGCACCUUCAACUCAGUGGUCCUCCAGUUCAACACUGAUUUUUUCACCAGCAAACAGGGAUUUGCCAUUCAGUUUUCAGUGUCCACGGCCACCUCCUGCAACGACCCAGGGGUUCCACAGAAUGGGAGUCGGAGUGGUGGCAGCAAGGAGGCAGGAGACUCCAUCGUUUUCCAGUGCGACCCAGGUUACGCUCUUCAAGGGGAGGCCAAGAUCAGCUGCGUGCAAAUUGAGAACCGUUUUUUCUGGCAGCCGGAUCCUCCGACCUGCAUAGCUCCUUGUGGUGGGAUCCUCACUGGACCUUCUGGGGUGAUCUUGUCACCAAACUACCCAGAGCCUUAUCCCCCAGGAAAAGAGUGCGACUGGAAGCUGACAGUCUCUCCCGACUACGUCAUCGCCUUGGUGUUUCACAUUUUCAACUUGGAAGCAGGUUACGACUUUUUGCACAUCUACGACGGGCCGAACUCUCUCAGCCCCCUGAUUGGGAGUUUCUAUGACACCCAGUUGCCUGAGCGGAUUGAAAGCAGCAGCAACAACCUCUUCUUGGCCUUUCGGAGCGACGCCUCGGUCAGCAAUAUUGGAUUUGUGAUCCACUACACAGAGAAUCCCAGAGAAUCUUGCUUUGACCCAGGCCUGAUUAAGAAUGGGACCCGGGCUGGAAGCGAGUUGAAACUUGGAUCAACCAUCACCUACUAUUGCGAUAGUGGCUACAUGAUUGAAGGGGCUUCCACCUUGACAUGCAUCAUGGGAGCUGAUGGGAAGCCUGUGUGGAACAAACCACGGCCGGUGUGCACAGCCCCGUGCGGAGGACAGUACACAGGGUCGGAUGGGGUCGUCCUGUCUCCAAACUACCCCCGGAAUUACACCACUGGACAAGUGUGCCUCUAUUUCAUCGUGGUGCCCAAAGACUAUGUGGUGUUCGGUCAGUUUGCCUUUUUCCAGACGGCUCUCCAUGACAUCAUUGAAGUCCAUGACGGUCCUAACCAGCAUUCCCGCCUCCUGAGUUCUCUUUCUGGUUCUCACACUGGCGAGUCCUUGCCUCUGGCCACCACCAACCAAAUCCUGAUCAAGUUUAGUGCCAAGGGUCAAGCCACUGCCAAAGGUUUCCAUUUUGUCUACCAAGCGGUCCCAAGAACCAGUGCCACGCAAUGCAGCUCUGUCCCGGAGCCUCGCUAUGGGAGGCGGAUCGGGAGUGAUUUCUCCGUUGGGGCUGUGAUUCGGUUUGAGUGCAGCGCUGGCUAUGCUCUCCAAGGGUCCCGUAACAUUGAGUGCCUGACGAUGCCUGGGGCUCUUGCCCAGUGGAACGCAUCUGUGCCUACUUGUGUCGUGCCCUGCGGAGGGAAUUUAACGGAGCGAAAAGGCACCAUUUUAUCCCCCGGAUUCCCCGAGCCCUACUUGAACAGCCUCAACUGUGUCUGGAAAAUCACCGUUCCUGAAGGCGCUGGCAUACAGAUUCAGGUGAUUAGUUUUGUCACGGAACAGAACUGGGAUUCGCUAGAAGUGUUUGAUGGCGGGGACAACACUGCGACCAUGCUGGGCAGCUUCUCAGGAACGACGGUCCCUGCAUUAUUGAACAGCACCUCCAACCAGCUCUACUUGCACUUCUGCUCCGACAUCAGUGUCUCGGCUGCAGGGUUUCAUCUGGAGUACAAAACCGUGGGUCUCUCCAGCUGCCCAGAGCCCACAAUUCCUAGUAACGGCCUGAAGAUUGGGGAGAGAUACCUGGUGAACGACGUGGUCUCCUUUCAGUGUGAGCCAGGAUAUGCACUCCAGGGACGUUCUCACAUUUCCUGCAUGCCAGGGACUGUCCGGCGAUGGAAUUAUCCUCCUCCGCUUUGCAUCGCACAAUGUGGAGGAACCAUGGAAGACUUGGAAGGAGUCAUUCUGAGUCCAGGCUUCCCAGGAAACUAUCCCAGUAAUAGCGACUGCACAUGGAGGAUAUCCUUUCCUGUGGGAUUUGGUGCUCAUAUCCAGUUCCUGAACUUCUCCACCGAACCCAACCACGACUAUGUUGAAAUCCGCAACGGGCCGUACGACACCAGCAACAUCAUCAGCCGGUUCAGCGGGAGCGACCUCCCAGGCUCCCUUUUGUCCACGUCGCAUGAAACCACCCUCUAUUUCCACAGCGAUCAUUCACAGAACAAGCCCGGCUUCAAGGUGGAAUAUCAAGCUUAUGAACUCCAGGAGUGUCCCGACCCUGAGCCCUUCGCCAACGGCAUCGUGAGAGGAGCUGGCUACAGCGUGGGCCAGUCCAUAUCUUUUGAAUGCCUCCCGGGUUAUCAGCUGAUUGGCCAUCCGGUCUUGACCUGUCAACAUGGAACCAAUAGGAACUGGGACCACCCAUUGCCCAGGUGUGAAGUCCCUUGUGGUGGAAACAUCACAACCCCCAAUGGCACCAUCUUCUCCCCUGGCUUUCCCAAUCCGUACCCCAAUUCCCAGGAUUGCACGUGGCUACUCACAGUGUCUCCUGGAUACGGCAUCUACCUCAACUUCACCUUGCUGCAAACUGAGCCAUAUAAUGACUUCAUCACUGUCUGGGAUGGGCCUCAGCAAACAGCUCCACAGUUGGGUGUUUUCACCGGAAGUUCAGCUAAGAAAGCCACCCAGAGUUCUUCCAACCAGGUCCUCCUGAAAUUUUAUAGCGAUGCUGCCAACGGAGGACUCUUUGCCAUCUCUUUCUAUGCCUACCAGCUUUCUCGAUGCCAGCCCCCAACUAUGGUUCCCAAUGCUGAAGUCAUCACUGAGAAUGAAGAUUAUAACAUAGGUGAUAUUAUUAGAUAUCGGUGUCUUCCUGGCUUCACCUUGGUUGGAAAUGAGGUUUUGACCUGCAGACUUGGUACACAUCUCAAAUUUGAGGGUCCUCCCCCAACCUGUGAAGUUCACUGCCCAAUGAACGAAAUCCUCACAGCCUCCGCCGGCGUCAUCCUGAGCCCCACUUUCACAGGGAACUACCCCCACUUCCAGACUUGCUCAUGGAUCAUCAAGUUGGAGCCGGGAUACAACAUCACCUUCACCGUUGAGUAUUUCUUGAGCGAGAAGGAAUACGACGAGUUUGGGAUCUUUGAUGGUCCUUCAGGCCACAGUCCUCUCCUUCUGUCUCUCAGCGGGAACUACUCUGCUCCUCUAACCGUCACCAGUACCGGCAACAGGGUCUAUCUCCACUGGUCCUCUGACCAUGCCAAUAACAGGAAGGGCUUCCGGAUCCGCUAUUCAGCCCCGUAUUGCAGCCUUCCGUCUCCUCCUCUCCGUGGCUCCAUCCUCAGCCACACCAGCCUUCAGCCUGGAAGCACCAUCCAGUUUGGUUGUGAAGCCGGCUACCGCCUCGUGGGCCACAGCUUUUCCAUGUGCUCAAGGCACUCGCAGGGCUACUACCGCUGGAACGAAGCCAUCCCUCUGUGCCAAGCUCUCUCUUGUGGAGUGCCCAAAGCUCCGAAAAAUGGCGUGGUUUUCGGUAAGGAGUACACGGUGGGCACCAAAGCGGUCUACCAAUGCAAACAAGGCUUUCACCUCCAGAGCCAGAACGUUUCUACCAUUGAGUGCCUUCCAAACGGUCAAUGGAGUAAUGGCAACAAUCCUCUUCCGUGCGUGGCCAUCGGCUGCCCCGACGUCAGCAGCAUUGCCGUGGAACACGGCCGGUGGAGGCUGAUCUACGAGACACAGUACCAGUACAACGCCCAGCUGAUGCUCAUCUGUGAUCCCGGCUACUACUACACCGGGCACCGGGUCAUCCGUUGCCAGACCAAUGGGAAGUGGAGCAUUGGGGAGCCCAUGCCGACCUGCAGAAUUAUAUCCUGUGGAGACCUACCUGUGCCACCCAACGGGAACCGGAUUGGGACCUUGACCACCUAUGGAGCGACUGCCAUCUUCUCCUGCAACACCGGUUAUACCUUGGUGGGCUCCCGUGUCCGGGAAUGCAUGGCAAAUGGCCUUUGGAGUGGCCUGGAAGUGAAGUGCCUAGCGGGUCAUUGUGGCGAACCAGAUCCCAUUGUCAACGGCCAGAUAAAUGGUGAGAACUUCAACUACCGAGGCAGCGUGGUGUACCAGUGCAACCCUGGCUUCCGUCUCAUUGGGAUGUCUGUCCGGAUCUGCCAGCAAGACCACCACUGGUCCGGAAAGACUCCUGUCUGUGUGCCCAUAACCUGUGGCCACCCAGGCAAUCCAGCCAACGGCCUGACGCUAGGCACCCAGUUCAACCUGAAUGACGUGGCCAAGUUUGUGUGCAACACGGGGUACCGCCUCGAAGGGGCCUCCAAGUCCCAGUGCCUAACCAACGGGCAAUGGAGCAAUGCCCUGCCCGUUUGCCGCAUUGUAAACUGUACUGACCCCGGGCACCUGGAUAACAGCGUCCGACAAGUGCAGCCAAGCGGGCCUCACAGAUACAGCUACGGAACCACAGUCUCUUAUCUGUGCAACCAUGGGUAUUACUUACUGGGCACCCAUGUCCUUACCUGUCAGGGGGAUGGCACUUGGGAUCGACCCCUCCCAGUGUGUCAUUUGGUCUCCUGUGGCCACCCAGGAUCUCCACCUCAUGCUCAGAUCUCGGGAGAUGUCUACACGGUCGGCUCGGUGGUGCGUUACAGCUGCUUGCAAGGGAGGAGCUUGAUCGGCAACUCCACCCGCAUGUGCCAGUUGGACGGGCGCUGGAGUGGCUCUCUGCCUCACUGCUCAGGAAGCAACCAAGGACUGUGCGGUGACCCAGGAAUCCCAUCCCAUGGCAUUCGACAUGGUGGCGAUGAGUUAGGAGUGGAGAGCACCAUCUCGUUCAGCUGUGAGCCAGGCUACACGCUCCGGGGCUCACUACAGAGAGUGUGCCAGGCCAAUGGCACAUGGAGUGGCACCCAGCCAGAAUGCGAAGUUAUAUCUUGUGGAAACCCUGGAACUCCCAGCAAUGCCAGGGUGAUCUUCAAUGACGGCCUCGUGUUUGCCAGCUCCAUCAUCUACAAGUGCCGGGAAGGUUACUACUCCACUGGUGUGCUCAGCAGGCAUUGCACUGUCAAUGGGACCUGGACUGGGAGCACCCCAGAAUGUACAGUGAUAAACUGCGGCGACCCUGGCAUUCCGGCCAAUGGCAUUCGGUUGGGCAGUGAUUUCACCUACAAUACGUCGGUCGUCUUCCAGUGCAUGCCUGGCUACAUGAUGGAGUCAGACAGGGCUUCUGCUCUGAUGUGCACCAAAGACCGGACCUGGAAUGGCACCAGACCUGUCUGCAAAGCUAUCCUAUGUAAACCUCCGCAAGUGGUCCCCAAUGGAAAGGUUGUGGGAUCCGACUUCAGCUGGGGUUCCAGUGUGAGCUACACCUGCUUGGAAGGAUACCAGCUCUCCCUGCCCGCUGUCCUGACUUGUGAAGGCAACGGAACGUGGACCGGAGAAAUCCCACAGUGUUUCCCUGUCUUCUGUGGCGAUCCAGGAAUUCCAGCGGAAGGGAAACGUGAAGACAGGGGCUUUACCUACCGUUCUUUUGUCUCCUAUUCCUGCUCGCCACCAUUGCUGCUAGUAGGGUCAGCGAGGAGGUUCUGCCAAUCUGACGGAACAUGGAGCGGGACUCAGCCAAGCUGCAUAGAUUCAACUCUCACCACAUGCGUGGAUCCUGGUGUGCCCCUUUUUGGAACACAAAACAAUUCCCAAGGUUAUCAGAUCGGGAGUGUUGUCUUUUUCAAAUGUCACAAAGGUUACCUUUUGCAAGGAUCCACCACAAGAACGUGCCUUCCAAAUCUGACAUGGAGCGGAGUGCAACCGGACUGCAUCCCUCACAACUGCAAGGAGCCAGACACCCCAGCCCAUGCCAACGUGGGUGCCCUGGACUUGCCUUCCCUUGGCUACACCUUGAUCUACUCUUGCCAAAGUGGCUUUUAUCUCACUGGAGGAUCAGAACACAGGACUUGUAAAUCUGAUGGCAGCUGGACAGGCAAGCCUCCCAUUUGCCUAGCGGAUAUCCGACCGAGUGGGAGGCCGGUGGGCACUGCGAGAGACCCACCUCUUCCAAAAGUGCCAGUACCGCCGGAUGUCUUUGCAAAAAAUUCCUUCUGGAAAGGCUCUUAUGAGUAUAUGGGGAAGAAGCAGCCGGCCAUGCUGUCUGUCACCAGCUUUGACCCAAUCACUUGUAAAGUCAACGCCACCCUUGUAGACCACAGCGGUGUGGAGUUGCAAGUAUCUGGUAUUUACAAAAGAGAAGAUGUUCAUCUUCUUCUCCAGGUGUACCAGAUUACAGGGCCGGUGGAGAUCUUCAUGAACAAAUUCAAGAAUGACAAAUGGGCGUUAGAUGGACAUGUCAGUCCAGAGUCAUCCAGCGGGACAUUUGUCUACCAGGGUUUUGUACAUGGCAAAGGGUUUGGACAGUUUGGCCUCCAGAGGCUAGACAGUAGCAUCAACGAACGAGAUUCUGAAUCGUUGGGACAUCCGUUCGCCUCCAACAGCAGCUCGGUGGCAGCUGCAAUCCUCGUGCCUUUCAUUGCCCUGAUUAUUGCAGGGUUUGUGCUCUAUCUCUACAAGCACAGAAGGAGACCGAAGGUGCCCUUCAAUGGCUAUGCUGGCCAUGAAAACACCAACGUCCGAGGAACAUUUGAAAACCCAAUGUAUGACCGCAACUUGCAGCCGACAGAUAUCAUGGCCAACGAGGCAGAGUUUACAGUCAGCACGGUGUGCACUGCGGUAUAGCAUUUAAGAAUUCUGCGCACAUGCUCCAGGGACAGAAGUCUCACUAGUGCCCAAUGCUCCUCCUGGUUCAUACUUGCCCAUGAUCAUCCUUCCCAGAAACGUUGGGGCUGCAGAGUUGAUAUGGUGCCUUUGUGUUGAUCCAGAGAGAGGGACAUACAGAGAGAGAGAGAGAGAGAGAGAGACUGCCUUGCUGUUUAUCACUGCUCCCCACCUUCAUUGCCCAUCUGUUCUGCCCUGCAGUUGAUAAUCAAACCAACCAAAGCAUCCACUCCAGACCUUGCAUUGAGAACUUGGGGUGUGGACCUCCUCUCCAAUCCUCCUCACCCGUGGCCAUGCGGACCACCAUCGUCCACACGUCUCCCGCUUCUGAGCCAUUUCCUUGUGGAUCCUGGCCUUCUUGGCGACUGCUGCUCAGGAGCCACAUCUACGCCCGCUUCUGGUGGACCAUAUCUUCGUGGAGGAGGACCUCAUUACAACGUGGCUGAAAUCUAACAAUAUGCAGAACCUCAUUGCUAGCGGAAAGGGUGGACAAGCAAGACGAAGAGGAGAAACUCUCGUGGAGGAGACUUUGAACCCGGGUCCAAAGAAAGCCCACCACCACGUUGGACUCAACGGCAGGUUUAGCCUAUGGAUGAAGUGUAGCUUCAUAUAGGCUUGUUCUCUCCCUUCUCAGCCCAAUGUAUGUAAUUCGCUUCAAUGUCCCACUGCAAGCAUCUGAAAUUUCUACAAGAUCUCAUAUUUUCUCCCAGCCCCAAAGUCAGUUUCCGGCAAUUUUAGACAGCCUUACCUUUAUUCUUUGAGGGUCUGCUGCUGUUUGUUGGCUCUUGUCCCAGAAAAUGAGUCCAAACCCAAAACUACUGCUGCUUCAUCCUCUAGCAAGUAAGGACAUUUCCAUGGAUGCGGCUUAAAAUUGGGUAGACAUCUAUGGAAAUCAAAAGUGUCUAUUGGUUGGUAUCUAUGGUGCCGACAAUCUCCAACACCCCUAAUUUAUUUUCUUGAUACAGUAGAGUCUCACUUAUCCAACAUAAACGGGCCGGCAGAACGUUGGAUAAGCAAAUAUGUUGGAAAAUAAGGAGGGAUUAAGGAGAAGCCUAUUAAACAUCCAAUUAGGUUAUGAUUUUACAAAUGAAGCACCAAAACAUCAUGUUAGACAACAAAUUUGACAGAAAAAGUAGUUCAAUAUGCAGUAAUGCUAUGUAGUAAUUGCGAAUUUAGUAUUUACGAAUUUAGCACCAAAAUAUCACGAUGUAUUGAAAACAUUGACUACAUACAAAAAUGCGUUGGAUAAUCCAGAACAUUGGAUAAGUGAAUGUUGGAUAAGUGAGACUCUACUGUAGUUGGGUUUUUCUCAGGGCUUCGCCAUGCUGGCUGGAGGAUUCUGGGAACUGUCCUCAAAGAAAGUAACUUUUCCAACCUCUGCACAGCAGGAUUGCUCUAUAGUUUUGGCAUUUUAGAAAAAACACCACUAGGAAAUAUUUUUUUUCCUAUGCCAUGAUAAACAAUCCAUGCCUAUUUUAUUACUGUCUAGGUCAGGCAUGGGCAAACUUUGGCCCUCCAGGUGUUUUGGACUUCAACUCCCACAAUUCCUAACAGCUGGUAGGCUGUUAGGAAUUGUGGGAGUUGAAGUCCAAAACACCUGGAGGGCCAAAGUUUGCCCAUACCUGUUCGAAAUAGUAUGUUACUCAGUCCAGAAUUGGAGUACUCAGAUACCCUCUGAACGAAAAUAAUUAAGACAAACCCAAUUAUUACGUAGUUAUGUUUUUAACUCACUGAUCUGUACUUUAGCUGUUGUUGUUUGGGUUUGUCCCCUUGUGAGUCCCUUCGAGGAGAAGGAGGCGGGAUACAAAAAUAAAAUUAUUAUUAUUAUUAUUAUUAUUAUUAUUAUUAUUAUUAUUGACACAAUGACAGAGUAUGACACAGCAAACGAGAUGUAUAUGCUGGAUCUCAUAUCACAAAACCACAAAUUGAACACUUCCCAAGUGUUUAGAACUGUGUGAUGUAUUAUUAUUAUUAUUAUUAUUAUUAUUAUUAUUAUUAUUAUUAUUAUUUUAUUUUAUUAUGACACAGCAAACAAGAUAGAUAUGCUGGAUUUCAUAUCACGAAAUCACAAGUUGAACACUUCCCAAGUGUUUAGAACUGUGUGAUGUAUUAUUAUUAUUAUUAUUAUUAUUAUUAUUAUUUUAUUAUGACACAGCAAACAAGAGAGAUAUACUGGAUUUCGUAUCACAAAAUCACAAGUUGAACACUUCCUAAGUGUUUAGGACUGUGUGAUGUAUUAUUAUUAUUAUUAUUAUUAUUAUUAUUAUUAUUAUUAUUGUUACGUGCCACAGAAUCUUUCAAUAUGAAUAUUUUACCAUAGGGAUGGAAGAAAUAUAUGAAAAUAUUCAGAAAAAUAUCUUUCUUCUGCACCAGGAAAUUUUAAGGAAGAAUGUCCCAAACUGACUAAACUCUUCAAAGAUUGCGCAGAAUUUUCUGCCCAGCAAACAGAAUUUUCUGUGCAGAAAAUAAUUUGUCUGCACAAACUAUUUUCUGUGCAGAAAGCAUGUGCAAUUUUUGCUUCUGCUAAUAAUAAUAAUAAUAAUAAUAAUAAUAAUAAUAAUAAUAAUAAUAAUACAUCACGCAGUCCUAGACACUUUGGAAGUGUUCGACUUGUGAUUUUGUGAUACGAAAUCCAGCAUAUCUAUCUUGUUUGCUGUGUCAUAAUAAAAUAAUAAUAAUAAUAAUAAUAAUAAUAAUAAUAAUAAUAAUAAUAAUAAUAAUAAUGGGAUUAUAUUCUAUGAUGUUGACCGGGCUCGUCCCCAUAUAGCCGCUCCGGGUCCCUUGGGGAGAUGGAGGCGGGAUACAAAAAUAAAUUUGUUGUUAUUAUUAUUAUUAUUAUUAUUAUUAUUGACACAACGACAUUGUAUGACACAGCAAACAAGAUAGAGAUGCUGGAUUUCGUAUCACAAAAUCACAAGUCGAACACUUCCCAUACUUCACACAGUCCUAAACACUUGGGAAGUGCCCGGUCAACAUCAUAGAAUAUAAUCUCAUUAAAAUUAUUAUUAUUAUUAUUAUUAUUAUUAUUAUUAUUAUUAUUAUUAUUAUUAUUACACAGCAAACAAGAUAGAUAUGCUGGAUUUCAUAUCACAAAAUCACAAGUCAAACACUUCCCAAGUGUCUAGGACUGUGUGAUGUAUUUUCGGAUGAUGCGUGCAGAUCCCAGUAGGGUGGCCUUUUGCAGUUGGCAGAUCGUAAUUUUGUCAAUGUCUAUUGUUUCCAAAUGCCGGCUGAGAUCUUUUGGCACAGCACCCAGUGUGCCAAUCACCACCGAGACCACCUGCACUGGUUUCUGCCAGAGUCUUUGAAGUUCAAUCUUGAGGUCCUGAUAGCGGCUGAGUUUUUCCUGUUGUUUUUGUCAAUGCGACUGUCACCUGGGAUGGCAACAUCAAUGAUCCAAACCUUUUUCUUUUCCACAACUGUGAUGUCUGGUGUGUUGUGUUCCAGAAAAUAAUUUUUCUACACAAUUUUCUGUGCAGAAAGCAUGUGCAAUUUUUGCUUCUAAUAAUAAUAAUAAUAAUAAUAAUAAUAAUAAUAAUAAUAAUAAUAAUAAUCCCUGCUGGGAUCUGCACGCAUCAUCUGAAAAUACAUCACACAGUCCUAGACACUUGGGAAGUGUUUGACUUGUGAUUUUGUGAUAUGAAAUCCAGCAUAUCUAUCUUGCUUGCUGUGUCAUACAAUAAUAAUAAUAAUAAUAAUAAUAAUAAUAAUAGCAGAAGCAAAAAUUACACAUGCUUUCUGUACAGAAAAUUGUGUAGAAAAAUUAUUUUCUGCAAAGAAAAUGCUGUUUGCUGUGCAGAAAAUUCUGCGUAACCUUUGAUGAGUUUAGUCAGUUUGGGACAUUCUUCCUUAAGAUUUCCUGGUACAGAAGAAACAUCAUAGAAUAUAAUCUCAUUAAAACACAUACACAGUAUCAUAAAACAGAAUAAAACAACAACAAUUCUAACGACAUAGCAGUUGUGAAAGAAUAAAAACAAUCUCGAAUUAACAACCCAUGGUUGUGUGGAAGGGCCCUGGGUUGUCUGAGUUGUCUGUUGCCUGUGUCUUUUCUGUCAACUUUGAAACAACACCGGCCUGCAGGAGAUUUCCAAACUCUUAAACAAUAAGCCCAUAAUAAGAACUCCUUGCCCUUUCUCCAAAUAACUCUUUGUGUAAAUUUUCACAGAAAGGCACUUCCCUCGGGGGAAAUUCAAAGACCGGCUUCAUCUUGCCAAGUGCAAAUACAAUGACAUUUUUUUUUUCCUGAGACCAUAAAGCAGCCAGGCUGUUUGCUUUCCUUCCAGCUUGUCCUUAAUAAAGGGAGAAAGUGGUUGGCGUUGACUUUCAAGAGUCAAUAGCAUUUGGUUUGCUUUGCUCUUAGAAAGUUCAGAGGCAAUGCUUUGUUUGGAAGGUCAGGGUUGAGAUCAGAGUUUGGAAAUAUUGUUAUUGAAGGGUUUUUUUUAUAUUAAAAAAAACGACAAUUCCCAGAAUGUCCUUACCAGCAUGGAGGAAUCAUCAAAGUCUAGUCAGAUGUUGACUAGAUGUCAACUAGAGACUCCUCAACUUGUAUUCUCUUUAUGAAUCUCUAUGCCAGUGGUUCUCAACCUGUGGGUUCCCAGAUGUUUUUGGCCUUCAACUCCCAGAAAUCCUAACAGAUGGUAAGCUGGCUGGAAUUUCUAGGAGUUGUAGGCCAAAACAACUGGAGACCCACAGGUUGAGACCACUGCUCUAGGCCUUCCAGGAAGACUCUUUGGCCAACGUCCAUCAGAGGUUGACCAUAUGGGAGGGCCUAGAACAGCGUUUUCCAAACAUUUCAUGUUGGUGACAUGCAUCAUUUCACGACACCGUAAUUCAUGAUAUUUUAAGUCAUGCAUCAUUUCGCGACACAGUAAUUCAGUUUUACUAGCAAACCAGAGGUUGAACCAAGGCCUUAUAAGAGAUGCAGGCGCAUAUCUAAUCUGUAGUAAUGAAGUGUAUGGGACACAACACAUCUUAUGAAAGCCUUUCAUUUACAUUUUUAAAUAUACAAAAAAAUUUAAAAAAUAUUACAAUAUUUUAAAAAUAUUAUAAAAUAUUAUAAUUUAAAAAUAUUAAAAUAUUUAAUGUGUUGUCGAAGGCUUUCAUGGCCGGAAUCACUGGGUUGUUGUGCCUUUUCCGGGCUGCAUGGCCAUGUUCCAGAAGCCUCAGUUUAUUAUAUCAUAUAUAUAUAUAUAUAUAUAUAUAUAUAUAUAUAUAUAUACACACACACACACACACACACACACACACACACACACACAUUUUACAGUCAAUGACCAGCAACCAGUUUAUUAUAUCAGUUUACUAUAGUCACAGUAUUCAAUUAACUAUCUUGUUUACAAUAUCCACUCGUUGCACUUUACCCAGUCCGUUUUAUCCCUUUUACUUGGGUGCCAAAUCCAUGUUUUUAUUAUGAUUAUCAUUUUAUAUUUUACUAUGUUUAGAACGUUAAUUUAAUUUUUGUGUCUGUAUUUUCUGAUGUUAUUUUAUUUUGGUUUGCUGUUUUACCCAGGCUUGGCCCCAUGUAAACUGCCCCGAGUCCCUUCAGGGCGAUGGAGGCGGGGUAUAAAAAUAAAUUAUUUUAUUAUUAUUAUUAUUAUUAUUAUUAUUAUUAUUAUUAUUAUUAUUAUAUUAUGACACAGCAAACAAGAUAGACAUGCUGGAUUUCAUAUCACAAAAUCACAAGUUGGACACUUCACAAGCAUUUAGGAUUGUGUGAUGUAUUUUCAGAUGAUGCAUUCAGAUCCCAGUCAGGUGGCCUUUUGCAGUUGGCAGAUCGUAAUUUUGUCAAUGUCUAUUGUUUCCAAAUGCCGGCUGAGAUCUUUUGGCACGGCACCCAAUGUGCCGAUCACCACCGGGACCACCUGCACUGGUUUCUGCCUGAGUCUUUGAAGGUCAAUCUUGAAUUAUUAUUAUUAUUAUUAUUAUUAUUAUUAUUAUUAUUAUUAUUAUUAUCAUCUCCUGACGUUUUGCCCACAUCUAUGGCAGGCAUCCUCAAAGGUCCUUGGCAUAUUUACCUCACAACCUCUGAGGAUGCCUGCCAUAGAUGUGGGCGAAACGUCAGGAGAGAAUGCUUCUCGAACAUGGCCAUACAGCCCGGAAAAUGCACAACAACCCAUUAAAAUAUUUAAUUUAAAAAUUUUAAACAUUGAACAUGUUUUUAAUAUUUUAAAAAUAUUAUUAAACUAUAUAUGAUUUAUUUCUCAUAGACUCAGAGGUUUCCCAUUACGUUCACACAACACACAGUUUGGAAAGCUCCAACCUAGGGAGAUUCCUAAAGAGAACAUUUCCAUCAAAUCUGCAAUUAAUCUCAUCUGCACAAGUUAAACCCAUGAAUAUGGGACUGGCUAAGGGACUCGUGUGAGCCGAAUUUACCUUCUAGAGCAGUGGUUCUCAACCUGUGGAUUCCCAGAUGUUUUGGCCUUCAACUCCAAGAAAUCCUAACAGCUGGAAAUUCUGGAAGUUAUUUAUUUAUUUAUUUUUAUUUACAGUAUUUAUAUUCCGCCCUUCUUUCUCACCCCAAAGGGGACUCAGGGCAGAUCACAUUGACACAUAUAAGGCAAACAUUCAAUGCCAUAUAACACAGAACAGAGACAGAGACAGACUCAGAGGCAAUUUAAACCUUGUCCAGCUUUCCUGAGGCUAUGCUUGAUUCCGGCCACAGGGGGAGCAACUGCUUCAUCAUCCACUGUGACGGCACUUCCUCAUUCCAACGGCAGCUGGAUGAUUUUUUUUUAUGGUGCCGUAAAUUAGCCUCCCCAGAUACAAGUGGUACCUAAAUUUCCUACUUGAUAGAUGCAACUAUCUUUCGGAUUGCUUAGGUCAACAACAAGCAGGGGCUAUAUUUUAUUUUUAAUUGUCGGGUGCUCACCUUGACACGGGCUGGCCUCGAACUCAUGACCUCUUGGUCAGAGUGAUUUAUUGCAGCUGGCUGCUAACCAGCCUGCGCCACAGCCUGUAGGCCAAAACAUCUGGGGACCCACAGGUUUUCCAGCUAUUUAAUGGGAAACUGUGCCAGGAACUGGCACGACAAAUCUGCCCAUUGGUUACAAUGGUUUCAGCAACACAACUUUGAGUAAUACUGCUCUAGAACACUACUCAGAAUUAUUUACAACAUUUAAGGUCAAUUUUGGCACAGUUUGCAUUGAGAAUAGGGUUUCCUUAAGCUUAAAAAAGUAUAGAAAUUACUGCCCGGGCAAGUUGUAAAACCCAUGCAGCUACUUCAAAUAAUAUGGCAAGGUGUCAUCAUAUUUUUUUAUUCCUGUAUCAGAUGCUUGAUUGAUUCAAAAUGAAGUUUCCCUUAUUCAUUUGGGUUCACAGUGGGAAAAAGAUCCUUUUCGUGUCCUUGUUGCUUAUCGAAAGCUGGACGAGAAACCCUUUCCAUUUUCAGUGCCCGUCGGACUUGCGUUACAGUUUAACAGAAAAAAAACCAUGAAGAAAAAAAAAAGAAAAAAAAACUUCUUUUGUACAGAGAUAUAUUUUUAUGAACUAAAGAAUUUGUACAGCGGGGGGUAAAAAGGGGGGAAAGACACAAUGUACAUUGGCUUUUCUUUUUCAUUAUUGUAGUAAACUAGUGGAAGAUUCAGCUUUUUUUUGUAAAUGUAAUAAAGUGUAUAAAUAUGGUUUCCAUUUUGAAGAAAAAUAGAAAAAAGUGCAAAAAAAUAAAUAAAGGAAAAAAAACGAUUGUAAAUAUGUACUCUACACAUAAAAGCUGGCUUGUCUGCGAUAUAUAACAUUUUAAGUUAUCCUGUCUCUGUAUAUGAGGCUUAGCAUUUGUGUCUCAGUAUACUUUACUGAAUUUGAGAGCUAUUUUAAAUUUUUGAAUUAAAAAUAAAAUAUAAAUUUUUGCAUUA